CAACAUAAACCGGACGAUCAACAACAGCAACUACAAAAUGCUCAGGAGAUUCUUCAGCAACAGCAGCAGCAACAGCAAGCCGGUGGAUCGAAAAUUGGUCAAGGAGAGAACUACUUGGCCGAUGAACCGGAAUGUAAAGAUGACGUUGCCAAAUAUUGCUCUCGGCUUGGAAUAGACAUGAAAAAUGAUAUGAUGAUAUUGGAAUGCUUGCAGGAAGUUGGAUUCGCAGAGAAACAACCAAUUUCUGACCAAUGUCAGCAUCUUAUUUGGCAAUAUAAGGUAAAUUUGACGCAAGAUGAUCGUGUUAAACAAGCAGUUCAACAGUAUUGUCGUGAAGAAAUGUCUUCAACAGUUUAUGGAAAGGACAUGAGUAAAUGUACAGGAAUUUCACGAUCGGGUUACGCGUUGUCGUGUUAUCUCGAUUUUUUGCAUCUUGUAUCGAAAACAUCAAUUUGUUCACAAUUUCUGAUGGCCAUGGGUCGAUUGGCGAUACAUGAUUAUCCUAUCGUAGCUCCUUUUGUGGAAAGUUGUAGUGAUACGAUUAAGAAACUUAAUUGUGGGAAAUUAACUUUACCAUCGCAGCAUGAAAAGUCUCGUAUGCCUCAUUCUCAAGGUGCUACAUUGGAUUGCAUCAUUCAGAAAUUGACGGAAUCUUUAAACAAUAAUGCUGAUCUCCAAAAUAUUGGUGAUCAGUGCCGACACCAAGUUAUGCGAAUUGUUGAAUUGCAACAAGAAGAUUAUCAUCUAGAUGUACCACUCUUUUUGGCUUGUCGUGAAGACCGUGAGCGUUUUUGUGCAAAUGUUAUGUCAGGAAAUGGCCGAAUUUUUGAAUGUCUUCUUGCGCACAGAAGUGACCAGCAAAUGAAGCCUAAAUGUACAGAACAAUUAGCCAAACGUGCGGCAUGGAUUGGUAAAAAUUUCCGUCUUGCUCAUCCACUGGUGGAUGGAUGCGAUGCAGAAUUGCGCAAAUAUAAUUGUCUUCCUCAACAGCAGUAUGCCGCCUCUCCUAACUUCCAUCUUACUUGGGUCUUAUUGUGUUUAGAAAAUGCCCAGCACAGAGAAGAUUCCAAAUUUUCUGAACAGUGUCGUCAUGAAAUGCUUAAUCAUCGGAAACUUAUGAUGACCGAAUUUCGAUUGAGCCCUGAGAUCGUCAUGAGCUGUGCACAGGAUAUUGAUGCCUUUUGUAGUCCAAAUGGUGAUAUAGAAGCUGAAGGUAAAACUCUGCAUUGUCUCAUGGCACAUGCACAGGAAAGGGAUGAGAAAAAGCGAAUUGGGGUGCAGUGUAGGAAUGCUCUUUCAACACUUGUGAAAAUCGCAGAUGUUCCCUCAAAUUACAAGGUUGACCCAGUGCUGUAUGGUUCUUGUAAAUCGUUAAUCGACGGUGCAUGUGCAAUGGAUGCUUUUUCUCAUACUAGCACUUUAAGUUGUCUAAUGCGACAUAUGGAUGUAGAUAUGCCAAAAGAAUGUGAGGAUCGUUUACUUGAAAUCCAGUAUUUCAUUUCUCGUGAUUGGUAUACACCAGAACUUAAAGUUUGUCAUGAUGAUGCUGUUCAGAAGUGCUCUGCUGAUAAAGAUUGGUAUGUGCAAAAUAAUUUUGAGAAUCGUCCAGAAAAUGGUCCAUUCGUUCUUGCAUGCCUUUAUCGUCUAGCUUAUUUUGAAGAAAGUUCUGUAAGCUUUUUAUGUCUUGGUUUUUUAUUAACCCCAGCUUGCGCUUCCAGUGUUAGAAAUAUAUUGCGGACUCGUGCUGUUCGAGUUAAUCUUAUACCAACUAUCGAAGAUGCAUGUCGUUUUGCUCUGUCGGAAUUUUGCUCUUCAAACGUAAAACCAUUUGAAGAAAUGAAAUGCCUACAGGAACAUAUGUUCAAAAAGGAAUUUCAAAUGAAAUAUAAGCAGUGCCACUACGAAUUGAGUGAAUUCACGAGAAUGGAAGCAAAAGACACGGCCUUAAAUACAGCAUUGACAAGAGCAUGUAAACCAGUUAUUAUGAAAUAUUGUUCGGAAUAUGCGAAUGAAGAAAUGGAUCACGGGGGUGUAAUGGAAUGUUUAUCUGUCAAUAAAAUUCAGCCUGAAAUGACUUCAAAAUGUCGUUCAUACGUAAAUCAUUUCGAAUUGGUUGCUCGUCGUAAUUAUGCCUAUAGUUAUCGAUUUAAUGAAGCUUGUGGUAAUGACAUUAAAAAAUAUUGCUCACAAGUGGGCAAUAAUGUAGCCGAUAUUAUGCGCUGUUUAUCAAGUGUUGCAUUUGAAAAUAAACUUCUAGGAGGCCCCGAUUUGGACAAAGAUUGCAAAAAAGAAUUUAAGAAACAAUAUAUUCAACAGGAAAAGUUUGAUGACCGAUCCCAUAUGGUUGACGCAGAUCCUCACUUAAUGAAUAAAUGUGCAGAGGAAAUCGAGCGAUUAAAAUGCUCUCGUGAAAGCAGUUUUGAAAAUAUCGUGGAAUGUCUUCGAGUCAAUUUUGAUACAUUAAAACCAGAUUGUAAAGCUAUUAUUUUCGAUCGCGAAAAAAUUGAAGCGGUUGAUAAUGUUUUAGAUGAUGAAUUACAGACACAAUGUCGUCUCGAUAUUGAUAAAUUUUGUCCCGAUUAUAAGAGAGAAAACGUUUUGGAUUGCCUGAAAAACAAUAAGAUAUUGGGAAGAUUAUCUUCAAAUUGUCAGAAGACAGUUGUAGAACGUCUUCAUGAAAAAGUUCGUGAUAUUCGUCUCAACAUUGGAUUGUUCGAAUCAUGUAAGAAGGAGGCUGAACAUUAUUGUCCUGAUGAUUAUAAGAAAAUAAAUGAUCAUCAAUAUGCGAGGAAAACAUUGGAAGGAGUAUUAGUUAUGUGCUUGCGAACACAGUUUGCUGAUCUCCGCGAAGAUGUUCAUUUCAGUAUAAAAUGUAAAGACGAGAUUUCUAAAGUGAUAUUAGAAAGCGAAUUUGAUGUGCAACUUGAUCCCUCAUUAUAUCGAGCAUGUAAAACAACGAUACCAAAGCAUUGUUCGAAUAGCGUUAUUGCUCGAGGAGGAAGUUACGAAUCUGUUUUAGAGUGUCUUAAAGCUGAUUUCAGACAAGGCCUUAUUUCUGAUGCUGAAUGUUCUCGUCAGUUAGCACGUCGUUUGCAUGAGUCCUUAGUCGAUAUUCAUCUCGAUCCAAUAUUGCAUGAGGCUUGUGCAACUGAUGUCCAGCGUCUGUGUAGAGACAUUCCUCCUGGUCAAAGCAGGAUAAUAAUUUGUUUAAUGGAUGUAAUGAAAGAGUCAAAUUUGAAAUUGUCGCCUACAUGCCAGAAUAAAUUGACUGAAAGGAACGAAUUGUGGGCUAGAGCACACAAAGAAUAUGCAAUGCCACUGCCAGAAAAUUUUGCCGACGUUAUUGAUAUUGUAACGAAUCAUCCUCGUAGAACAUCUUUACUCACAUGGUUUGCUGCUUUUGUAGUUAUUCUUUUUAUUGUUGGUUGUUGCUGUGGUCGCGCUUCAAAGAGAAUCCACCGUGAACUCAAAAACCGUUAA